UAGUCUGACACAAGCCAUUUUAAGCUGGUCUGAGAUCAGUAAUUGGCGGGUUUGUAAUCGUGUUGCGGCUGGAGUUUGUGAAUAGGAGACUGAAUCUGGAUCAUCUUAAAAGUGAGCUUCACAGGUUACCGUCUGCAUGUGUUAACCAUGAAGCCUUGUAGAAUGCAGUUACUGUCAGAGGCAAAACAGCCCUGGGAAGAAGCUUUUGAGUCUGGAAAUGCGGAGAAAUAGACCAGCGUGCUCGAAGAAUGAGAGGCAUGUCCUGCACUCUUUCAGCCCCAGCUGAGCGGUGUGCUGUUUUUUAAAUCACUUUUCCACACUAAACCUCAGUGUCAGUGACAUGCACACCAUACACACCGGCUGGAUCACACACACAGAUGAUGUCAGUUCUUGAUGCAGAGCUCAAGCAGCAUAUAGGCAAUAUGGCUAAACACUCGUUUAAUCUUGUAGCAGACAUGCUGUACUACUUUAAUCCUAUAGCAUUUGAAUAUGAUGGGGAAGCUGGAUGGGGGGUGUAGGCAACUGAUGUGUGUGUGCUUGUGUGUGUGUGACCCUCCGACUGCCAUUGGAUGAGCUCUGUGGGAGGGGGUGUGUUCAGGCUCACAGUAUAGCGCUUGUUAUGAGAGCCUUCUGCCGUCCCCUUCCACAAACCUCAAUAACAACAGUAUCGCAGCUUGUGUGUGUGUGUGUGUGUAGGGGAGUGAGGAGUGCCUCUACCGCCGUUGCAGCUGGUUGCGGCUUCCUCCCUGUGCUGGAUUUCCUUGAAGGUCUGCCUCACCUCUGCAGUGCCUAGGAAAAAAAUAAGGGUCCCCCAGAGACUGAGGUUUCCAGUGUUUACAACAGAUUCCACUCAUGAUAUUGCAAAAACAGAAAUAAUGGACAAGAAAAAUGCAAAUGGCUUUCCUUCCAAAGCCUCUGAGAGUGGAGUACAGAGGAAACAGCUGCCAUAUUCUGUAGAGACCCCCUAUGGGUUUCACCUGGAUCUGGACUUCCUAAAGUAUGUAGAUGACAUAGAGAAAGGGAACACAAUCAAGAGGGUGCACAUUCAACGCAAGAACAGGGGCCCAAAGUACAGCACACUGCCACGCAACUUCAGCCUUCCUGGGCAUGGCGCUCGACCUCUAGCCAAAGAUACAUGGGCUAAUACUUCCACUUUAGGGUCCAAACCCAAGUCACGUGUUACUGAAGUCCAGCAGCUUUUUGAGUUCCGAGCCAGUGAUGCCACUGGUGGUAGCAGAAGCACCAGUGGGAGCUCCCCUGCCAGCCAGUCAAAGAUGCCUGGGAGUGGUUACCUCCCCUCGCCAAAGGCUGCCGAAGAGUCUCCAGUACAGACUUCAUCUCAGAAUGAACAGUCCAUGAGCCUUAAUGUUAGGCCUCACCUGUUAAGAGCCUCCAGCAUGCCUGUUAAUGUCCCACGCAGGAAAGGUUCAGACUCAACUGAUGAGCAGAGUUCCCAGUCACAGAAUGGCUCAGCUGAGAGGCUUUUUCGACCAGCGGAUGGAGGCGACAGGAGAGGCAGUGUUCCCCAGGACAGGGCCAGCUUGCAUCAACAGAUUACAGCUGCACUGAAAAGGGUGCGUGAAUUAGAAGAGCAAGUCAGGACCAUACCUGAGUUGAGGGCUCAAAUAUGCUCUCUUAGAACGGAGAGAGAACAACUGCUUGAAAGAAUUCAGCAACAGCAGUCUGAACAAAAGAGGCCUUUGCAGUUAAACGAGAGUGAGGAUACUCAAGACAGUGUUGUUCCUCCAGUUAUAAGUGAGAAGAAAGAUAUUUGUUCCCCUUCCACAGUUACUGCAGAUGAUCAUGAAAUGGUUCAAGCAAUACAGUCUGACAAAACCACAGAACAACAGUCGGAGGAACAAAAUCCUGUGGUGCAGGUUAUUGUAGAGCAGGAGUCUGAAAAAAAUGAACCAGUAACCGAUACAGAGUCAGAGAAGGAACAAGUGCCAGCUCCAGUGUCUGUCCCAGUGAUACGCAUAGACAAAGCAGAAACUCCAACUGAUCCAGAUGAAGCAGAGGGAUUUUUGCAGGAGUCUACACUUCAAGAAGAAGCAUCAAAGAGUCUUUCAGAGCAAGUAGAAAAGCAGGAGAUAUUAUCAGAGACUUUGUUAGAAGAUAAAAAGUUGACGCUGGAUUUAGAGGAAACAGGUGCUACAUCCGAGUGUACAUCCGCUCGAGAAGAUACUGCGAUUUUUGAGGGACCAAGUCUAAUUGUAAUUGAGGAAAAUACAAUAGUACAACCUGCUGAACAGAAACUUCUCACUAACCUGGAGCUGGAAGCAAAACUGAAAACUUUGGAAGAGAGUCUAAGCAAGGCCAGUUGUGAAUUGGAAAAGACAAAUGCCUUACUGAGGGAACAGGUGGACAAGAAUAGACAAAAAGAUGAGAGAAUACAGGAACUGACUGACCAAGUGAAGGAGCAGAAACUUCAAGGUCCUAUCGAGACAGAGCCACUUUCUUUACCAGUUGUCACAUGUGAUGUAUCAGUGAGUACAGACAGCAAAAGUGUCCUGGAGAGAGGAGUCUCAACAGAACCACAACCAGCUGAGGGUCCCAAAGAAAUAGAUUCUAAAUGCUCAAGCACUCAGACAACUAUAGUAGAAGCUCGAGACAUUGAGGUCUUAGCACAAGUUACUACAGCAGAGAAAAUUGUAGGGGUAGAGAUUGUCAUGUGUGACCGGGCAAUGGAGACUGAGGUACAGGAUAAUCUAGAAGAUAACAGUAGACAGGAAGUCUCUGAAAUGCUAGCGAAAACAGACUCUGUAAAAGACAAAGAACAAGAGGGUGAUAUCAAAGAUAGUGUGUCAAGCCAGAUUGUAGAUACCAAAGUCAGUGAAAAUGUUGUUGCAGAGAGUGACACUGAGGAAUAUGUCAUGGUAGAAAGUGCCAUGGUUGAGACUAUGGCCAGUGAAAAUGAAAUCCCUAAGCCCACAGUCCAAGAGAUAGAAUCUGCAGAGAGUAAGGGGGUUGAAAGCACAACGGACAAAGCAAGAGAAAGAAGUUCAGGUUUGCAAACACAGCAGGAACCAAGAGAAAUACAAGAACAGGAUCCCCACCUUCAGUCUCCAAGGGCAUCUGAAGCCACAGCUUCUCCUGCUGCAAUCGGUCAGGUUGUUAAUCGUAUACAGGGGCUUCUUAAUGAGCAGUGGGCCAGUUUGGGAAGUGGGGGCCAAGACACAAAAGGAGAGAGCUCCCAGAAACCUCAUUCUUCCAAAAUAAGCUCUAUUCAAAGCCACCUGAGAGGGUCCCUUAGUGCCCUGUCUGCCUUUUACUCACCUGUUCAGAAAGGAGGGGCUGCACGACAAUCAGGCCUCAAAUCCAUCAUGAAGAAGAAUGACUGUCCUGACAAGCAGGGCAAUGGGGGAGCGAAGAAGAACUUGAAGUUUGUUGGCGUAAAUGGAGGCUAUGAGACCACGUCCAGUGAGGACUCCAGUGGGGAGGAGGAUCAGGACGAGGUUGAGGAGGUGGAUAGUUCGGAGCCUGAGGUGGAGCAGGGAGAGGAGAGUGGAACGGCCCAGGAGGAGGCUGCUGCUACUGGGGAGCAAGGUGAUGGGGUUCAGGCAGAGGUGGCAGAGGGCUCUAAGGAGCCUGAUGCUGGCCAGGCCGCCAUGAGUCCCCAGGAGGAGCAGCCUGUCAGUGAGUUAGUUGAUAAGAACUUCAUGGCUGCUUGUCAUUUCCUGAAGGAUCGCAUGGCUGAGGUUGCUGCCCCAAAUAAAGACAUGAGGCAGGUUCUGAUGGUGUUAUAUCAGGAGUGGUUCCGUGUGUCCAGUCAGAAGGACUCACAGGCUGAUACAGUCACACUCUACCUGAGAGAGGUGGGCUUCCACACUCCCACUCUGCUGCGCUAUAUAGUGAACCUGGCUGAUGGUAAUGGCAACAUGGCACUGCACUACAGUGUGUCCCAUUCCAACUUCUCUGUGGUCAAGCUGUUACUAGACACAGGACUGUGUGAGGUGGAUCACCAAAACAAGGCCGGCUACACCGCUAUAAUGUUGGCAGCUCUUACCGCGGCAGAGAGCCCUGAGGACAUGGAGGUGGCUCAGCAGCUACUGAGAAUGGGCAAAAUCAAUGCACGAGCCAGCCAGUCAGGGCAAACAGCACUGAUGCUUGCAGUUAGUCAUGGGCGGACAAUGAUGGUUCAGGUUCUUCUGGACUGUGGCGCUGAUGUGAACAUACAGGACCGGGAUGGCUCCACUGCUCUGAUGUGUGCCUGUGAGCACGGCCAUAGUGAGAUAGCCAAAAUACUGCUGGAGAGACCAGAGUGUGACAUAUCACUCACAGAUAAGGAUGGACACACAGCUUUGUCAGUAGCCAUGAAGGCGUCCCACCCUGAGAUUGUUGAUCUUCUGAAAGCUCGUGCUGAUCCAGCCACUGUUACAGAUCCUACAGCUCCACUCUGAGUCCAAUGGCCUUGUCUUCAUGUCCAACUGGCUCUGCCAGAAUCAUUUUUCUACUGCCUCAACCUGACUCGCUGGCCAGGCCAACAGUCAACAAUAGAGAGACAGCACUUGCCAGUAAUUAGCAGAUUCUCUGUUUGAGAAACGGCCAAUGAGAAAUGUACUUCCGUACGCCAAUCAAAGAUGCCAUGGAGGGUGGGCUUCCCUAAACUCCCCAGAAGGUCCCCAUUUGUCCUGAAGCACAGCUACUGUAGCUAUUUAGCAGGCAUGGUACAUUGUUACAUGUUUUAGCCUUCUAUUUUCAGGUAAUGUGACUAUAUUUUUGUUAGGCGAUGAAAAGUACUCUAUGAAUGUUAUUAAAGAAGUGAUCAGACACACACUAUAUUUAUUUUUUAUUGCACUUUUAUGUAAUAUUUCCCCCCAGAAAUAUCCACGGCCUGUCUUAGUAUAACCUGAUGUGUCUUCCUAUUAUAUGAGGGUUUUUGGGUCAGGCCCAGUACCGAUCCAUUCCUUGUCUUUCCAGUUGGAACAGGUAAAGGAGUUUUACAGUCACACAGUUGUGUUGCCAGUAUGUCUCCCAUCAUAGUUUUUUUUAAAAUCCCAACAGAGAGCCAAGCACUCAAAAAAGAUUUAGAAGCCUUUCUUUCAUUAUAUUAAUUCUUUUUUUGGUAAAAUACCAUUUAUCUGAGUGGUUUAAAAUCUUGUUUUUGUCCUAGUGUUCUCUUCACCCAAAGAAAAAAAAAAGGGUGUGCAAUAUAUCGUAUUUUCAAUAACAAAUAAUUACAGCAAACAGUCCCAAAUUAUAAUCCAUUAUAAUCAGUCCAUUAUAAUUUAUUUACUGUCAAAGUUUACCAUAUACUCUAACCUGCUGCAAUAUUAACUUCUUUACAACGUAUUUUACAAAUUGUAUAUUAAACAAAGAUUUACAGAUACAAGUUGUCAUGUUCCCCUGCAGACAGAUUUAAGCAGCACAUUAUUUUGGACUGAACUGUAGUUGUAUUCUCUGUACAUUGUGCCUGCUUAAAAUUAAGACAUCAGAAGUUGUGAUGAAGAGAUAUGUUUAACGACGAAUCAGUAACUCGGCUGGAGAAAGUAUGAAUCUAUAUAUGUAUACUGUGCAACAGUAUCUUGUGGGAGGUGUUGUGAAUUAUUAUCCUGAAAUAUAAUGACUAUUUAUUUCCAAUUCUAUAUUUUUGAGUAUAUACAAGUAUAUGCAUGGAUAAAAUAUUGACUUAAUAAAAACAUGCAUUUUGUA